AUGUCCUCUGCUAGCAGCGUCUUCGUGCAGAACCUCGAGUCCUACCUCACCCGCAUCCGCGAGAUCCCCGGUCUCUUGAUGCGCCUGCCGAAGAAAACCCGCUUCGAAGAGGUUGCGCACAUCCUAAACGGCAUCGCCAACGACGUCCAGCGUACCCGCUCGCUCAGUGCCCCAGCAAACGCAGUCCCCAACAUCACGCCGUCAGAGGUAUGCAUGGCCAAUAACAUCGUCUCGACUCUUCGUGCUCAAGCCCUCAUUCUUCAGGCUGGCGAGGACAAUGGAUACGGUGUGACUGCUGCGCUGGAGGGUCUGUUGGAUGGCAUCAAGGAAAUUCGUGCUAGUGAAUGUAUUUCCUCCUUGCUUAGUCCAGGCCGUUUCCAUAUCGACUGA